AUGAGUGUCACCGGAACGCGCGUGGAGCAGCACUCGGGAGAUGUCCCUGAAGUAACGCGCUCCGAGCCGCAGGCCUCUGGCGACAGUCAUGUCUCAAAGGGAAAACUCUACGAACAGAUUCGUGCCGAUAACCCGGGAACGCAUGGCAGGGCCAGACAAGACGUCUUGGAGACUACCGGCCGUUCAAACGAUCCUCCGCAUCGCUCCAGACUUAAACGAGACUAG